AUGGAUAGCUUUACAUCGGAGACUGAGGCAGACUUAAUUCCAUCCAGUGGAUCAGCUUCGGAGGAAGAUGACAAACAACCAUCCAGUUAUAAAAGUACAUCGACACCAAAAGGUUGGUAUCAAGGUCAUUCAUUUGUGAAAAAGAAUCUCCAUAAGCCUGCGACAUGUCAUCAUUGUUCAGAUCUAUUAUGGGGAAUAUUAGGAACAACUGGAAUGGUUUGUGAAGUGUGUAAUUUCUUAGCUCAUGAAAAAUGUAUGCGAGUGGUUGUUACUGCAUGUACUUGUAUUGCACCAUUUUUAACAAAGGAUCCAGUUCCUCACUGUUGGUCAGAAAUUGGUCAUUUCAAAAGGAAAUUUUGUAAUGUAUGUCGGAAACGUGUCGAUGAUUUAUUGGCAUUAAAAUGUGAAAUUUGUGAAUAUUAUUCCCAUUAUGAAUGCUUAGAUUUUGUUGCUGCUGAUUGUAAACAAUGCGCAAUUUCUACAUUGACUUCAGCACCUAAGUGUCCAACAAAUAUACCAGGAACAGUCGAAACAAGAAAUUCUUAUAUGAUGUCACGUUUACUAAGAAAUUUUUCAAAAUCUUAUACAUCAACUGAUCCAAAUGAAUCAGCACUUGUCGAUCUGACUACUGAUAACAAUGAACAGAGUAGUAAGUUGACAAGUAAUACCACUGGCAAUAUAUCAACAACAACUAGCACUAAUACUGCCAUAGCUAUGAUGAAUGCUAGUGGUGUUGUAGGUGGGGGAGGCGUCACCAGUGCUAUAAAUACUCCAAUAACUAGUUGUUCUACAACUAAUACCUCCUCCUCUUCAUCGUCAUCAUUAAGUCCACAGGCAUUUCUAACCACCACACCGAAGACAACAUCAGCACAAUAUUAUUCUUCAGACACUACUGGUUUUGCCUUAUUCGAAGUUACCAAUUCGUUAUCGUCAACCUCACCGACUAUACUGAGCACAAUGGCGAUUGGUGAAGAACAAACUACUACUACUACUGGCAGUGCAAAACCAACAACAGUUGACACUUCUAUAUCGCCUUCCGUACCAGCAUCAUCCUCAUCAACAACAGUACAGCAAUCGCACCAUUGGCGUGAAGGUAAUUUACCAGUGAAUUCAAAGUGUGCAUCAUGUCGUAAGACAUGUUGGUCAGCUGAAUGCUUAACUGGAAUACGAUGUGAAUGGUGUGGAGUGACAGCGCAUUAUUCAUGUCAUAAGAAUAUACCACCAGAAUGUGAUUUUGGUGUCCUAAGAAAUAUAGUGCUUCCACCAUAUUGUGUAUCAGUGCCUCGGACAAGUCUGCUAGUUGAACAAAUAAUUGGUAUGUGUAGACCUCAACCGGAAACAUUAAUGGGAGUUCAAGCUCUCACCGAUGAAUUUUCAAGUAAUGGAGAUAGUCCAGAAGAAUCUGGUAUAGAACGAAAAUCAACCAAAGAUAAAUCAGAUCGAGAUUUUGACGAUUAUGUUCGUGUUUAUGAUGGUUGGGGUCGAUUUAGAAAGAAACAAUGUCGUUAUCUAAGUCUUGGUCGUAGCGUAUCAGUUCUAAAAGUGAUUGAAUUAUCAUUGAAAGCUUUUCAAUUGCCAUCAGAUGAAGCUAGAGAUUAUUAUCUUGUUGAAGUCAAUGAAAAAGACGGGAGUGAACAUAGAUUGCAUAGUUCUGGUUGUUUUAAAUCUCAGCUACAAUUUGAAACACGUAGACCACAAAUUCUUUUACGUUCUCGUGAUCGUAAUCAAGACCGUGAAUAUAUUCAAACUUUUCCAGGAACAUUGGAUCAAUUCACAGAUGUUGAAUUAUUGCCUAUACAAAUCUCAGUGACACGUGACACCACAGUUCAUGAUGUCAUUGUUCAAGCUUUGAAAAGAUUUGGACUUGAGCAUUUAGAUCCAGGAAGAUUUCAACUUGUUGAAACAAACUUAGACCGUGGACUUAUUGAAAGAGUUAUGUCACCAGGUGAACGUCUAUGGACAAUAUUAGAACGUGUGAAACGUGAAUCUGUACGUGCAUUACGCCUGACAAGAUUUUAUUUACAACCAAUUGAAGAAUCAAAAGGUCCUGUUGUUACAUUGUUUGUUGGUAAUUUAAAGAAAGGCUUAAGUCAACGUUUGUAUGAACGUAUCCUGUUAGAAAAGUUGGGAGCUGAGAAUAAAUGGGAUUUUAUUGAAGUGAUAUAUUACGACUUUGGCAGUCUCGUAUUAGUUUAUUUGAAUGCAGAACGUGCAGAUGAAGCAUAUCAUAUAUUGAAACAGAGUACAUUUGAAGAUCGUCCAAUUCUAGCUAUGAUAUUGCCAAGGCUUAAACCAGCUAAAUUACCAGAUGAUAUAAAACCCUUACUAGUAUUAGUCAAUGUGAAAUCAGGUGGAUGCCAGGGUGCAGAUCUAAUCACAUCUUUUCGAAAAUUACUGAACCCUCAUCAAGUUUUUAAUCUAGACUAUGGGGGACCAUUGCCAGGAUUGCAUUGUUUUCGACAUUUGAAACAAUUUAAAAUACUUGUAUGCGGUGGAGAUGGAACAGUUGGCUGGGCAUUAUCAUGCCUUGAUAAUGUUGGUCAAGAUGCUGCAUGUCCUACGCCACCAAUGGCUAUCCUACCAUUAGGCACUGGUAAUGAUCUAGCGCGUGUUUUACGUUGGGGUUCUGGUUAUACUGGAGGAGAAGAACCUUUAUCUAUAUUGAAAGAUGUAGUAGAAGCUGAGAAUAUCCGACUAGACCGUUGGACUGUUGUCAUUAAACCAGAUCAAGCAGAAAAAGAUGCCCAGAAGAAACAACUACAAAUUGAGGCGAAUUCAUCGAAUACAAAUGAAGACUCUAGCCGAAUUUUCGUAAUGAAUAAUUAUUUCGGUUUAGGUAUAGAUGCUGAUUUAAAUUUAGACUUUCAUAUGGCACGUGAAGAGAAUCCAGCAAAAUUUAAUAGCAGAAUUCAUAAUAAAAGUGUUUAUUUGAAAAUGGGUUUACGCAAGAUGGUGAAUCGUACAAAAUGUAAAGAUUUACAUCAAAAUAUUAUUGUUGAAGUUGAUGGACGUCAGUUGGAUUUACCACCAUUAGAAGGUGUUAUUAUAUUAAAUAUUUUAUCAUGGGGAGCUGGUGCUAAUCCAUGGGGUGUUGAAAAAGAUGAAGCAUUUACAACACCAACACAUUUUGAUGGACAACUUGAAGUUGUCGGUGUAACAGGUGUUGUACAUAUGGGUCAAAUAUUUUCUGGUCUACGCACAGGGAUACGUUUAGCACAAGGAGGUCAUAUACGUAUCACGGUGAAAUGUGAUAUUCCAGUACAAGUUGAUGGUGAACCAUGGAUUCAACCACCUGGUCAAAUUAUUGUUUUACGCUCUGCGUUAAAGGCUACCAUGUUGAAAAAGCGUAAACGACGUAAAGUUAACCGUCGACAUACAGAACCAGGUUUAGGUGGAUCUGGAAGUCCAGGUGCAACUGGUCCUAAUCCUAUAGAUGGUAGUACAGAAGAUCCUUUAAGUAGUGCUGUCUUCGGUGCAAGUGGUCCACCGCUACCGCCUGAAAGUGCCAACUCUUUAGGAUCAGGAAAUCCAUGUGCCAGGCAAUUAGAAAGUGAUAUUGCUGAAAUUGACUUAGAAGAACAAGUUACACAUGAAUCAUACCUUCCAAGGGAUUUGAGUGCUGUUAACACAGCUGACUCCUAUCCUAGACUUUAUAGACCAGGUCGACCAAUUUAUUCUAA